GGCCUGCCAUGGAAGGGCAGUUGGGUCCUCCGGCCUGCGAGCUUCCCUUUUCCCAGAGGCUCUCCCCUCUUUCUGAAGGAGAUGGGCCUCAAGGUGAGGAAGAGCAGGAGGAGGCUCAGGAGGAGGAUGCAGCUGGGGCGCAGCCGAGAGAAGAGCAGGACGAAGGCUCCCCGGAGCGGCUAGGGAAAGCUUCCCCGCGCCGCUUGGGACGGUGCUGCCGUGGGCAGGGCUCUCUCACCCCUCGGGGUGCAGGCAGACCCUUCCAGAAGACUGGGGAGGACGAGGGGGCUUCCCCUUGCUACCGGGCACCAGGGGAGCUGCGGCUGUGCCGGCGGAAGCACAGGUUGUGCUUGAAGCCUGACACAAGCCAGGCCCUUGCAUCCCCAGGGCAGGGGGAGAGCCCUGAAGAGCCAGGACCCUCCCGUGGAAGGAGGUUGCGGUUGAUCUGGGGCCGGACAGGUGACUUCAGGCAGAGGGAGAUGGAGAACGGGCUGGAGGAGGCCCCGCGGAGCAGCGAGGAAGAGGAGGAGGAGAGAGGGUCUCGGUCCUGCUCCCCUGAUGCCCAUCCCAAGCCGGACUUUGUGCAGCUGAUCGACGAGCGCGGCAUCUAUUCCACCGCCAAACUGGUACUGGGGAGCGCGGUGGGUGAGCUGGAGGAGGCGGCGGUGGGGUUGCCGGUCCACCCGACACGGGCAGCGAGCGGCGUGGGCGAGCUGGAAAUCCGCGAGGUGAUCGUGGACGAGAAGCCUUUCCAGUGCGGCGUCUGUGAGAAGGCUUUCAAACGGGCCUGGGAGCUCUUCAGCCACGAGGUGGUACACAACGAGGAGCGUCCCUUCCGCUGCGACCUCUGCCAGGCCUCCUUCAAGCGCCACUCGGACUUCAAAAGCCACCGGCUGGUCCAUACGGAAGAACGACCCUUCCGCUGCGAGCUCUGCGGCAAACGCUUCAAGCGUUCCUCCAACCUCCAAGAGCACCGGCGUAUCCACAGCGGAGAACGUCCUUUCCGCUGUCCCCGCUGCGCCAAAAGCUUCAAGACCCCCUACGAGCUCCAACGUCACGCGCUCACCCACUGCGCCGAGAAGCCCUUCAAGUGCGCCGACUGCGGGAAGGACUUCCCCACCUCCAACGCCCUCCUCCUCCACCAACGCCAGCACUGCGACGACAAACCCCACGUCUGCGGCAUCUGCGGGAAGAAGUUCACCUACGGGCACAGCCUCAAGGUGCACGAGCGGGUGCACACGGGCGACCGCCCCUUUAUCUGCCCGCUCUGCGGGAAGGGCUUCAAGCAGUCCAACGCCCUCUCCUCCCACGAGCGGGUGCACACCGGGGAGCGCCCCUUCGUCUGUAAAACCUGCGGGAAAGCCUUCAAGCAGUCGUCCUACCUGGUGAUCCACGAGCGGGCACACACGGGGGAGCGCCCGUACAAGUGCGAGGCGUGCGGGAAGGCCUUCGCCCGGCCCUCUCUGCUCCUCCAGCACCACCGCGUGCACAGCCAGGAGCGGCCCUACAAGUGCAGCUUCUGCCACAAGUUCUUCAAGGACCUGGCUUACCUGGCCGUGCACGAGAAGGUGCACACGGGCGAAACCCCCUACAAGUGCAGCGUCUGUGACAAGGGCUUCGCUCACCCCUCCAACCUGCUGCAGCACCAGCGCGUGCACCGUGACGGCUGA